CAGACUUACAUUUCUCCAUUUUCUCUACCUUUUUUGAUUUGCUUUUGUUUUCUUCAUGAUUCAAUACUUUUCGCUUUCAUCAUCUUCUCAAUCUCCUGUUUCUUCCACCCAUUCCCACAUACAAAGGCAUUUUCUCUCUUUCUAUACUCACCAUUGUUGAUUCUUUGAGCCCACAAUGCCCACCGCCGCUACCGGCUUCUUGUGGUUGUUGGUGGUGUUGUCAUACGGCGGAACCCACCACCAGACCGCCGCGCUCAGCCGCCGGAUCCUCCACCAGCCAUUCUUCCCAUUGGAUUCUACUCCUCCUUCUCCGCCUCCGUCUCCUCCCCAGACCCCAUUUUCCGGUUCUACUCCUGACCCAGGUUCUUUUUUCCCAACUGAGCACUCGCCGCCGCCGCCGCCCCCCGCCACCGCCAGGCCCACCACCCCCGCCAACUUCGCUUCAUUUCCGGCGAACAUUUCCUCCCUCGUUGUUCCUGAGUCACCCAAGCCCAACAAUGCGUCCACCAAGCUUGUAGUGGCGGCGGUCGUCGCUGCCGUUCUCUUUGCUACUUCUGCCGCUGCUUUCUUCUUCUGCCGCCGGCGCCGGAAUGGGCGGAUCUCCACCCAUGAGAAGCCAUUCAGAUCGGAGAGUAUCAAGCUCAGAACGACAACAGCUACUGCUGCUACAACUACCACUUCAGCCAGCUCUGACUUUCUGUAUCUGGGUACUAUGGUGAAUUCUCGGGUACCCGAUGGUCCUCCACUGGACUCGCCGGAGCUCCGACCGCUGCCGCCCCUGGGUCUGGGCCCGCGAGAUUAUGGGAAUGGGGAUGUGGGUUCGGAGAGGAAUGAGGAAGAGGAGGAGUUUUACUCUCCGAAAGGAUUUGGAUCGGGGUCUGCAAGAGGGUUUUCUGUUGAGAAUUUUGGGGAUAGAAGCAAUGGCUCCACUUGUUCUUCUUCCAAUUCACCUUCUCCAACUCCGUCCUUUUCAAUCAGCUUCUCUCCUCCAAUUAGCUCCACUCCCAGGAGCUCCAAUAAACUCCACGCGCCACCAUCCUAUUCGGAUCACAGUGCCAAGUCUCCAACUUGUUCAUCGCCGGAGAGAGAUUUGGACAGACACACAGAUGCAUCACCGCCAAUGUCAACCGUGGAAUCACCUCCCAAGAUUAGCAGUGCUUUUCUGAAACCUGCUUCUGCCCCUCCCCCACCGCCGCCGCCGCGGCCUCCACCACCGCCACCACCGCCACCACCACCACCACCUCCUCCUCCUCCGCCUGCACUGAAGAAUGUUGAAAAUCCGAUGAUUCCUUCCCCAUCGAUUCGUCGGCCGGUGCCGCUGAAGCCGCCAGCACUGACAACACCUUCAAGGCCUUUUGUAUUCUUCCAAAACCCAUCAAGGCUUUCUCCAGUUGCUUUGGAGUCGAGUUCUAAAACUGAGGAGAAGACUGAGGAGACCCCGAAGCCGAAAUUGAAGCCGUUGCAUUGGGACAAAGUGAGAGCGAGCUCCGAUCGUGAAAUGGUGUGGGAUCAGCUGAAAUCCAGCUCCUUUAAAUUGGAUGAGGAGAUGAUCGAAACCUUGUUUGUAGUAAAUACCUCAAACUCCGAUUCUAAGGAUACAAAUCGGCGCGUUGUGAUUCCCUCACCCAACCAAGAAAAUCGGGUGCUUGAUCCGAAAAAGUCGCAGAACAUUGCAAUUCUGCUAAGGGCACUCAAUGUGACCACUGAGGAAGUCUGUGAAGCCCUUUUUGAAGGUAAUGCAGAUGCACUUGGAACUGAACUACUUGAAAGUUUAUUGAAGAUGGCUCCAACUAAAGAGGAAGAACGGAAACUGAAAGAUUACAAAGAUGAUUCACCAUUCAAGCUGGGGUCAGCUGAGAAAUUUUUGAAGGCAGUGCUUGAUAUACCUUUUGCAUUUAAGAGGGUGGAUGCAAUGCUCUACACCACCAACUUUGAUUCUGAGGUGGAGUACCUGAAAAAGUCCUUUGAAACUCUAGAGGCAGCCUGUGAAGAACUAAGGAACAGCAGGAUGUUCUUGAAGCUCCUGGAAGCUGUGCUUAAGACUGGGAACCGCAUGAAUGUUGGGACAAACCGUGGGGAUGCCCAUGCCUUCAAGCUCGACACACUUCUCAAGCUUGUUGAUGUCAAGGGUGCUGAUGGGAAAACCACACUCUUGCAUUUUGUCGUACAGGAAAUUAUAAGAGCUGAAGGUGCUCGGCUUUCUGCUACCAACAACCAAACUCCAAAAUCCACUCCCAAUGAAGAUGCAAAAUGUAGAAAGCUUGGCCUGCAAGUUGUCUCUGGUCUUAGCUCAGAGCUCAACAAUGUGAAAAAAGCUGCUGCCAUGGACUCUGAUGUGCUUAGCAGUGAUGUCUCCAAGCUUUCUAGAGGAAUCGGGAACAUUAGGGAGGUUGUGCGAUUAAACCAAGCGGUAGGGUUGGUGGAAAGCAGCCAGAAGUUUUGUGAGUCGAUGAACAGUUUCAUGAAAAUGGCUGAGGAGGAGAUUAUAAGGAUUCAGGCCCUAGAAAGUGUUGCCCUUUCUCUAGUAAAGGAGAUAACAGAGUACUUCCAUGGGAACUCAGCUAAGGAAGAAGCUCAUCCAUUUAGAAUCUUCAUGGUGGUGAGGGACUUCCUUACAAAUCUUGAUCGGGUUUGUAAGGAAGUUGGAAUGAUCAAUGAGCGAACAAUAGUCAGUACCGCCCAUAAAUUUCCAGUCCCAGUGAACCCAACUCUUCCUACAGGUUUUCCCGGAUCCAAUGAAAGGCAUCAGUACAGUUCUUCAGACGAUGAAAGUUCAUCUCCUUAGUGCUUCUGACACAUCAUCAGGUUGGAUUUUUGUUUCUUUUAGCCAAAACCCACAAGGAAGAGAAGGUUUUGUGCAGGUUGGAGCUUGUUGUAUUGGCCUGCCAGAUUUUUACAUAUAUGUUUCUUAGAAAAAAAGUGCACUUGUAUAAAUCCAUGUAAAAGAUUUUGAAAAUUGUUUCAUCCUAUAGAUAAGAUAAUAUACGGAGGAGGAGGUUUCCUUUAGUAGAAUAAGGCAAGGCAGCAAAGCCAGAUGAGUUGCAUGUACUGUAAACUUGUAUAAAAGUUUAGAUUCUAAGAAUGCUGAUCAGUUGGAAGAAGCAGACCUAAGGGCUCACAUCUUUCACUCA